AUGAUCUACGAAGAUAUCCCAUUGUCUUUUGGAAAUUUAACUGUGUUGGCAAAUCUUAUGUUAUGCAACAAUAAUCUUCGUGGUAGAAUCCCUUCAAGUCUGGGGAAAUGCCAAAUGUUACAGGAAGUAAGACUUAUUGAAAACAAUCUUAGUGGUUUUAUACCUAGUGAAGUUCUCAGUCUCUCAUCAUUAUUGUAUCUAUACAUAUCUCGUAAUGAUUUGACAGGUUCCCUUCCAAUGGAAAUUAGAAUUUUAAAAAAUCUAGAAGAACUUGAUGUUUCCGAGAAGAUGUUGGUUGGUGAAAUUCCAAGCACUCUUGGUAGUUGCCUAAAAUUGAGAUUGCUACAUAUAGAGAGCAAUAAAUUCUGGGGAAUCCUUCCGUCAUAUUUAAGUAAUUUGAGAGUACCAGAAAGUGACAUAUUUCAAAAUGUAACAUCUAUUUCUAUCAAGGGAAACGACAAGCUUUGUGGGGAAAGACUAAAAAAUUUUGGUUUUAUGUACAAACGAGUUCUUGGUGAAGGUGAAAAUGUUGUAGCAAUUGAAGUACUAAACCUUCAAUGCCUUGGAGCUUCCAAGAGUUUCUUCAUCAAUUGUGAGACCUUGAGGCACAUAAAACAUCGAAAUGUUCUCAAGGUUCUUACAGCAUGUUCAAGUGUUGACUAUCAUGGUAACAAUUUCAAAGCUCUUGUUUAUGAGUUUAUGGCUAAUGGUAGCCUAAAGGAUUGGUUACAUGCAAAUGAGAAUGAAGAUGAGGUGCAUAAAUACUCGAGGAAUUUAGACCUUGUACAGAGGUUAAAUAUUGCUUCUGCACAUGAUUAUCUUCACAAUCAUUGCUCAGAACCAAUCGUUCACUGUGAUCUCAAGCCGAGCAAUGUUUUUCUAGACGAUGAAAUGCCUGCUCACAUAGGUGACUUUGGAUUAGCAAGAUUCCUUCCAGAAGCUAAUUAUGACUGUUCAGCAAACCAAUCAAGUUCUGUUGGCAUAAGAGGAUCUGUCGGUUAUGCUGCUGUUGAAUAUGGCAUGGGAAAUAAGGAGUCAACAUUUGGUGAUGUAUAUAGUUAUGGCAUCCUUUUAUUGGAGAUGUUCAUGGGGAAGAGACCUACAGAUAACAUAUUUUGUGAUAGUUUGGGUCUUCAUAGCUUUGUUAAGAUUGUUUUGCCCGAACAAGCAGCAAGCAUUAUUGCCAAUCCAAGACUGUUUAAACCAAAAGAUCAGAGCUCUACUAAUAAGGAAUGGCCAAAAGAUCGAACGGCGAUUAAUGAUGUUGGUACUCAGUUGCUAGUGAUCAGAAGCGCUCUUGUUGGAACAAGGAAAGUAUACAUGGAGGUAGAGGAGCUAAAAUUGAAAUGCAAUCAUGAGCAGGAAGUAAUUGGCAAUGUUAAGGAUAGGAGCAAGAAGCACCAAUUCAAAUAUAGUUGUCUAUGUGGUCAGCAACUAUCAAUAAUGCUUUAG